UUGAUAUGAGGAUGAAACGCGUACGAGGCCCUGGUACAACAGACUGAAAUUCGCCCAAAAUUAAGCAUGCAGAGAAACGUAAUGUAUGCGUGACGUUUUCGAUCGAAGAUGGUGUUCUAGUGGCGGGAGGGUACUUUAGCCAUCGCUACCUAUAGCUACACUGUAAAAUUACAGAGUAAAUACAACCCUUAAUGGCUUUCUAGUCAUUUUGUGGUGUAUGAUACAUAUAGUAUUGUAUAGUGGAAACAAUCCACUAACUAUAGGUUUUUGUGAUUUUCUGGGAUAGCCACUUUAAAUGUUUAUUAUUAUUCUUAUUUUAAAUAUUAUAGAAUAGAAUUUCUAAAUUUUACAUCUACGUCAAAAAUAACAGAUGAUGCGAUGGAACCCUUCGCAAUUUUGGAGAAAAUUCAAAGAUCUCUGGAGUGUCGAAAUUUUCCUGACCUUAACUUUAAACCCAAACAAGUCAAGUGCUUGGAGUCCAUAGUAAGAGGACAGGAUGUCAUUGGGGUGUUUCCAACAGGAUAUGGGAAAUCUUUAAUUUUUCAACUGUUACCAGAUGUCAUAAGAAACAAAGACGAAAAAUCUUCAAUUGUCAUUGUAAUCACUUGUUUAAACGCGAUUAUGGAAGAUCAAGUGAAUUUUCUGAAAAAAGUAGGAAUGACUUGCUACAUCCUACGUGACUUAAAUUUUGAGGAGAAUGCUGUACAGACGUUGUUUGAGGAUAUCUGUCUGAGUGAUAAAACAGAAGAUGUCUUACCAUCAUUUGUAUUGGAUGGUCAUUGUGACUUCCUAUUUUGCCAUCCAGAGGCUAUAUUGAGUGAGAGAGGAAGAACUUUGAUGAAAACGAAAAUUUAUCAAAAAAAUGUCAAAGCUUGUGUCAUUGAUGAGGCUCACUGCUUGGACACCUGGGGAAAAGAAUUUCGCAAAGAAUUUGAAAACUUGGGAGCAAUGCGAGCUUUUUUUAGAGAGGUACCUUUUAUCGCACUUACAGCUACCGCAACAGAAAAAACACUGGCUAAAAUAAAACAUAUACUUGGAAUGAAAACCCCAACAAUAAUAUCUGUUAAUCCAAACAGAAAAAAUGUAUACAUGUGCAAAGAAAAGAGAAAAGUUGGUGAAGAAGGUAUUGAAAAUAUCAUCUUGCCACUUGCAAAGGAGCUAAAAUCACUAAAGAAAAGUUUUCCUCAAACUAUUAUAUAUUGUGGAUUGAGGUUUUGUGGGUAUAUAUACAAGUUAAUAAAAAAUGUAUUAAAGGAACACAUGUAUGUUGAAAACAUAACAAACCCUAGCAAUUGUUUAAUUGUGCAAUUUCACGCACCACAAACAAAGUGA